AUGUACUUCAACAAACGAACAAGCGGUUCGCAAAAGUCAAAUGAGGAUAGUGUUUGUGGUGUUUAUUUUUAAUUAAAUAGUUUAAAAUUUAUCCCAAUUCAUAGGUAGUUCCAAUGAAAUGGCAUCUGCAUUGGAACAGUUUGUGAAUACUGUUAGGACUUCAUCAACCCACGGUAACUUUAGGGAGCUUUGUGAAUUUUUAAAUAAAUCUAGUGAAGUACUUAUAAAGCACAGUCAACAUCUGGAUAAUGUAUUGGAAACUUUGGACAUACAACAUCAUUCUUUGGGAAUCUUAGCUGUACUAUGUGCUAAAUUUAGUGUUCCUCCACCAAACAAUACCACUGAUAAUAGAUUUUCUCAAGCUCAUGAUUUUAUAUUAAAUUGUAAUGGAGAACAAAUUAGGUUUGCCCCUGAUACAUUUGCGGAAUUAUGUCAUUCUGUCACCAACUAUUUAGUAGAACAGAAGCAACCAAUGAAGGGAAUAUUACUUCUUCAAAAGGCCAUUUCAAAGCUAAGACUAUAUGAUUCACAAUUAACAUCUAUUCAUGCAGACUUGUGUCAGCUGUGCCUGUUGGCAAAAUGUUUUAAACCAGCUUUAGAAUUGUUGAAUGUAGAUGUUACAGGUAUAUGUCAAGAGAUGUCACAAAAUCCAAACGGACCUCAAUUCGAAUCGAAGUAUUUUCUGUUGUAUUAUUAUUAUGGUGGAAUGAUCUACUUAGCUGUUCGUAAUUUAGAUAGAGCUUUAUAUUUUUUCGAAGUAGCGAUUACUACGCCCUCACUAGCUGUUUCACAUAUUAUGCUAGAAUCGUUUAAGAAAUACAUUUUAGUGUCUUUGUUGCUUUAUGGAAAGAUUCAGUCAAUUCCCAAGUUUGCUUCUCAGGUGGUUUCACGAUUUAUAAAACCACUGUCCCAGCCUUAUUAUGAGUUAGCUAACGCUUUCAUAUUAAACAAUACAGCCGAAUUGAAUACUGUACUUAACAAACAUUCUGAAAUGUUCACCAGGGAUCAUAAUAUGGGUCUUGUGAAACAAGUAUCUUCGGUUCUUUAUAAAAAAAAUAUUCAAAGGUUGACAAAGACAUUUUUGACACUUAGUUUAUCUGACGUUGCAAGUCGGGUGGGUUUAUCCAGUCCAGUAGAAGCUGAAAAUCAUAUUUUACAGAUGAUCGAAAAACAACAAAUUUAUGCUACAAUAAACCAAAAAGAUGGUAUGGUCGUAUUCAGAGACGAACCCGAGAAAUACAGCGGGCCUGAUGUUUUGAAAGGUCUCGAAGAGCAACUAGCCGUGUGCAUGGAAUUAGAUAGGCAAAUUUUAGCAAUGGAUGAAGAAAUUCAAGUCAAUCCCCAAUACGUGAAAAAGUCAUCUGGGUUGCAGGACGAAGAACAGCCCAAGAGUACAUAUGCUAUGUAAAAACUAAUUUAAAAAUAUGCAGAUGAGCUGUAUUCAAGUUUUCGUUUUUUAACUAUAUCGGAUUUUUGUCCUAGUUUUAUUUUCUUAACACAUUUUUUUUGUUUUCGUUAUUUUAUGGAAUGUCAAGCAAUAGAAUAAAUAUUGAUAGUUAUUCUUUGUAUUCAAACAGUUUUAUUUAGUUUCUUUGUCUAUACAUGGAUAAAUUCGAAUGGUAAUACUUGGAAUGUCACUAAUUUUAUUUUGAAUUUUGUAAUCUACAUCUUGGUUUAAACUCUAAUAAAAAUAUACAGUACGUAAAUCUUUCAGCUGGACAUAGGUAAUAUACAUUAAGGUAAGUAUGGCAACUGCGCUCUGCGAUAUUAGUCUAGUAAAAUAAGAUCACACUACAUGUAAAUCGAAAUAUAAAUUCGUAGAGGUUGGAACAAAUUUUAUAUCAAAGUUUAGGUGAGUAAGAAAGAUAUUUUCAAGAAAGUAUCCAAAUCCUAUAAGGCUAUCAUUGUUUAUAUAUUUAAAAAGGGGUCAUUUUUGCACAAUAUUUACUUUUUUAACUGCUGAGUUAAUUUGAAUUUUAAUGAAGGUCAUUAGGUUUUUUUUUCUACAAAGCUGAAGGACAAAUCUUUCACCUAAGACUUACUAAAUUAAAUUUGACCCCCUAUGUAUUUAAAUAAUUAUAUAUAAAAUUUAAAAAUCAAAUUUACAAAAAAAUAUUUUUUGCGUUUUAAAUAAGCACUAUAAAUUAUUUUAUUUAAUACGAGAAGUUGGGCGAUAUUACCAGUAUUAAGCAAAAAAAAAUUGGUUAAAUAAUAUUUAAUAAUUUAUGAGAUAUUUAAUUUGUUUAUCAAAUGUUACUAUAUUUUCCAUUGCAAAAACGCGGUUGUUACCACCUGAGUAUAACCUGUUUAAAAUCUCGUUACUUUUAUUUUUAUGUAUGUUUUCGAUAAAUGUGUUGAUAAAUUCAAAUUUCAAUUUAACUCCCCUCUAAAAUAACAUUUUGAAAAUAUGUUCUAAUUUGUUUAUAAUUUGUUUUUUUAAUAACGACGCGGGGAUUAAACAUUUUGAAAUGCUGUUCCUAUAAUCGGAUUCCUGGGAAUUUUUCACUAAUUAACAAAUUUUUUUGUCGUUUUUUCUUCUUCUUUUUUUCCUUAUAGUAAAAGAUAUAGUUUUGCUUAUAGAGGGGGUUUCAUUAAGAAUGUCCAAUCUCUAAGUAGUCGAUUCUAGACCUCAAAAUAUUAAUAUUUAACCAAAAUCACUUAAAUAAAAUAUGGCACAUUAUUGAGUUACAGGGUGUUUUAUUUAAAAAUUUAAAAAUUAUUUUUGCUCAGUAUUUUAAAACUACUCGACGUAUCCUUUUUGUACUUGGUAGAAAGUGUAGGUGCUAUACACCCUAUGAAAUUAUGUUAAAUACAGGUUUCCGGCUAUUACCAGAGGCGUACGACAGGGGAAAGCAAAUGGUUGACCCUUCCCAAAUUCUACGUCACUGGCGAAAUUGCUAUUUCAGCGCAAUUUCCGAUUUUCGAUUCUCCAAUACUCUCUAUGUAAAUAACUUACUCUUCGCUCGUAACGAUAAAGUAAUUAGUUUUCGAGAUAUUUGUAGUUAAACAUGUAACGGCACAAUUAUUUUGAUUAAUGAUUUGUACCGCUUAAUUUUUAAUUUCAAAUAUCUUGAUAGCUAAUGAUGUUUAGACUGAAGAGUAUAUUAUUCAGUCUUAACGAUAAAAUCAUUAGUUUUCGAGAUAUUUGAAACUAAAAAUUAAGCGGCACAAUAUAUUAAUCAAAAUAACUAAAUAACUGUGCCGUUACAUGUUUAAUUUCAAAUAUCUCGAUGACUUUAUCGUUACGAGUAAAGAGGAUGUUAUUUACAUAGAGAGUAUUGGAGAAUCUAAAAAUUGUGCUAAAAUGGCAAUUUCACCAGCGACUUAGAAUUUGGGAAGGGUCAACCAUUUACUGUCCCCUGCCGUACGCCUUUAGCAAUAGCCGGAAACUUGCAUUUAACAUAAUUUCAUAGGCAGUAUAGUACUUACCCUUUUUACCAAAUAUGAAAAGGAUACGUCAAAUAGUUUUAAAAUACUGAGUAAAAAUAUAUUUUUUUUAUUUUUAAAUAAAACACCUUAUAACUCAAUAAGGAGCCAUAUUUUAUUAAAGCGAUUUUGGUUAAAUCUUAAUAUUUUGAGGUCUAGAAUCUAAAACUCAGGGUUUGGUCAUUCUUAACGAAACACCCUCUAUAAGCAAAACUACAUCUUUUACUAUAAGAAAAAAAAAGAAGAAGAAAAAACGACAAAAAAAAAUUGUUAAUUAGUGAAAAAUUCCCAGGAACCCGAUUAUCGGAACAGCAUUUCAAAAUGUUUAAUCCCCGCGACGUUAUUAAAAAAAACAAAUUAUAAACAAAUUAGAACAAUUUUCAAAUGCCAUUUUAGAGGGGAGUUAGAUUGAAAUUUGAAUUUAUCAAUACAUUUAUCGAAAACAUACAUAAAAAUAAAAGUAAUGAGGUUUUACAUAGAUUUAUAUUCUUUUGGUAACAACCGCGUUUUUGCAAUUGAAAAUAUAGUAACAUUUAAUAAACAAAUUAAAUAUCUCAUAAAUUAUUAAAUAUUUUUUAACCAAUGUUUUUUUGCCUAAUACUGGUAACAUAGCGCAACUUCUCCUAUUAAAUAAAAUAAUUUACAGUGCUUAUUUAAAACGCAUAUAAUAUUUUUUUGCCAAUUUGAUUUUUAAAUUUUAUAUAUAAUUAUUUAAAUAAAUAGGGGGUCAAAUUUAAUUUAGUAGGUCUUACGUAAAAGAUUUAUCCUUCGGCUUUGUAGAAAAAAAACCUAAAGAUCUUCAUUAAAAUGUAAAUUACCUCAGCAGUUAAAAAAGUAAAUAUUGUGCAAAAAUUACACCUUUUUAAUUAAUAAAACAAUGAUCCCCUCAUAUGAUUUGGAUACUUUUUUGAAAAUAUCUUUUGUACUCACCUAAACUUUGAUAUAAAAUUUAUUCCAACCUGUACGGAAUUACAUUUUGAUUUUUUUUUUUAUUUUAUUAGGCUAUAUUGAGAGUCAAGCAGAUUAGAUAAUAUCUAAUAAACAGGCAACAUCCUUGCUUUAAUCCUUCUGAUGUUACAAAACUUCUUGUUGUUUGUGUCACUGUUUUUAUUUUUGUUAUGGGUUGAUUGUAUAGUACUUUGACGGCUUUUAUUAAUUCUGUAUUAACAUUCGUGCUUUUCAUUGAUUGCCACAGCUUCUUCUGUGGAACACAUUUCCAUAGGUCGACGAACUACAUGAAUUUCUCGGUUCCGUUCCAUCAUUUUUUCUCUUAUCUGGUUUAAGGAGAAAAUGUGGUCAAUAGUGGAUCGACCAGUACGAAAACCUGCUUGUUAUUCUGCAUCAGAAUCUAAAUAUUCUUUCUCGAUUCGAUUCGUCAAAAUCUUUCCAUAUAUUCUACUCGUAGAUCCGUUUACAGCUAUUCCUCGGUAAUUUUCACAAUUCGUUCAUUUGGAAGAAGAGGGUUAUAACUAAGAAUUUUUUUCGGUAGAAAGGUUUUAAGAUUCUUAAUAGUUUAUUUCAUUUAUUUUGUGCAGUGUUUAUUAAUAUUAUAGGAUUUAAUGUUUGAGUAUGAUAGAUUUUUGAUCUUUUUAUGGGUCUGACAAGAAUUUUCUUUUUAAGAUAUCAGGUUUAGAAAAAAAACUUGAUAUAACCUUCUUGAAUAAAGAAAUAUUAUAUUUUUAAUACACUAUGUUUGCUCAUAAAGUUACAUGUUAGGAAUUGUAUUAAUAAAGUGUUAUUAAAAAUGCCAUUAAGUAUAUCAAUUAUGAUUUAAUAAAACUUAUUAAUAAAACAUUAAAAAACACUAAUUAAAUAGUGCGUAUCCCUUAUACAACACAAAAUGAAACAUAAAGCAAUAAUAGUAAUAAUUGUUUUUCUUUACUUUUUGUGAAAAUAGUAUUCAGGAAAACAUUGCGUUUCUCUAUUAAAGACAACAAGCAUUUGUUGUUAAAUUAAAUUAAUCCUUAAAUAAUACUACAGUUUAAUUUAUAAUAAUUUACCCAAUGCAAAAAAAGAUAAUUCACAUACCUAUUACAAAAUAACUUUGAAGAAUAAGGUUACAUUUCACAAAACUGCUUUUUACGCACAUUAUAUUGUUUCUUUUUUAUAAUGAAUUAUCCAAAAAAAAGUUACAACUAAGCAAGUAUCCUCCUAUCAAAACAUACUGUUCACUUUUAGUGUUAUAACUUUUAAGAAAAAUGGUUAUAUCUUAUAACUCUAUAUCCCAAAAAUAAAUCACCCUUUUAAUUAAAUUAACUUAUUUUUGUCUAUUAUAUUCCAAGAUGUAUUGUAUUCUCUAAAGCGAAUAACGUUCUGUAGAGAAAGUUGGGGGAAAACCAAAGAGUUACAUCUGCCAUCUCUCGGAGACUAGUGUACUUACACAUGUAACUAUUUUUUCCAUAGUAGAAGUCAUUAUUUGGAAGGUAUUGAUGCAAUAAAAAAACUUUUGAGAUGUAACCCUCUUCUUCCAAAUGAACGAAUUGUUUUAUUACCGUUUUUGUGUAUAUUACUAAUAUGAUGUUUUCCAUUCCAUAGGGAAUUUAAUUGUUUUUAUACAUUCCCAUAAUGUGUUCGUUUCGCACUUAACCCUUUGACUGCGGGAACCGCAUAUUUGCGUAAUUUCAGUAGUGCACGAGAUGUGCGGGAAACGCAUAUAUGCAACAGGGCUAGCCGCUUCGUUGCGGUUAGCGAUUAUUUGCGUAUAGACAAAAUAUAACGUAAACAAAAUAUAUAAUGUCAUCAGAUCGUUUCUGAAUGAAUGGGCGUGAACCGCCCACCUAAAGUGCCUCGAGCGGGAUGAGGUUCCCGCAGUCAAAGGGUUAAACAAUUCUUCGGAUAUAUCUCCUGGUCCAGAUUCUUUAUUCCUCUUCAGCUCUAUACAUACAUUUUUAAUUUCUUCUAUUUAUACUAUUUAUUUCUGUUUAAAAUCCCCAAUUUUGGUUCAUUUGUUAAAACAUUUCUCUUGCGUUUAAAGUGGGUAUUAUCAUUUUAGAAAACACAUACAAAGAAUAUGGUAGUAGCGACUCUUUUCUAGCGCUCAACUAAAUUUCAGCGAAUAAUUCCAUGGAUUCUCCGGCCACUGUUGAUAUCGAUAUAUUCAAAUCUGAUAUAUUUAAAAAACGAAUAUUUGGUUGUAGAUCUUAAAGAACCAGUCAGUCGUGAAUAUUUGGUUUAUUAUUUUUCGUUUGUUAGAAUACUCCCACUGCAGUAACCAAGUUAUUGUUGAGGAAUGCAUAAUUAGUGUAUGUACAGUUUAACGCAGUUUUUCUUCACAUUUUUUAAUUAAAAUAAAAAAUAUUAAAUUAUAUUUUACUGAGAAA